GGCUACCAGUGCAAAGGAAGGCGACAUGGAUACUUCAGGAGUGACUGUGACGGCUGGUUUUGCGAGUCAAGAUGUCAUACUUUUCCAAAUCCUUGUACUAUGAACUGCACUGGAAGGGAUUGCAAUAGUGAGUGUGUGGGGCCACAUUGUAGAGCCGAGUGUUAUGGAAGGAUGUGUAAUACCAAGUGUCACGGAUAUGAAUGCAAUGCAACAUGUUUCGAUACUUUUUGUGGAGCUCAGUGUGAAGGGGACAGCUGCAUUUCCAAGACAAAAGGAAAACCAUCCAAGAUGCCUCAUUUUAAUGAUGCAUCAAGAUCAGAAUCACAUUGUUUUGGGUCAAAUUGUAGUUCUGAGUGUAUUGGCAAUGCUUGUAGAGCCAGGUGCAGCGGGAUAAAUUGUACUGUUAAGUGUACGGGAGUGUUUUGUGACGAGGAGAAAUUUGGGCAUGUGCCACCAGGCGGAUCCAGCUUCAGAGUGAAACUGGCACAUUUAUGGAAUCAGUUAAAAAGAUAUUUGAAAUAAUGACCUGUUUUAUUCAUUAUUAAAAUUGUAUGUAUAA